AUGGUCCUACGGGAAGACCAGGCGAAGGCAACAUAUACGCAGAAAGUAGAUUUUGCAAAACUGCGCUCAGAGCUGCUGUCUGCAGACUCUACAGAAUCGGCAACGACGCGGGCAACUCAUGAGCGACUUACCAAUGAUCUCGCCAAGCUGAAUGCCAGGCUGAGGGAUGAAGUCGGCAGAACACAAGCGUCUGUGAGACUAGAUCUUAAUUUAGAGAAGGGACGAAUCAGAGAAGAAGCGAAUGUACAGGAGCUAAAGAUCAAGGAGACAGAGACGAAGAUUGAGCAAGAAGUCGCAGGUCUCAGAGAGAAGUUGGAAGCAGUCAAGUUUCAGACUUUGCAAUGGCUUAUGGGUGUUUGCACUGGUACUGCUGCUUUGAUACUAGGUGCUUGGAGGUUAUUGAUGUAG